AUGGAUGGCAGCUGCUCCAGCAGCUGGGGCCCUGCCACCUCCAGUGACUCCCUGAGGCUGAAGUGUCCAGGAGGACUCCAAGGCCCAAUGCCUGGAGCCUCCAGCACGACCAGCACUGCAGACCAACCCAAAGAGAAAGUGGCUGUGACCAGUGGCGAUGGCAUCGCCCCGCCCCAGAGGCUCCUCUUCCCUCCAGAGGCCAUCAGCCUGACAUGGGCCCAGGUCCAGCACAUCGGGGCAGGUCUGAGGAAUGUAGGGAACACCUGCUUCCUCAAUGCAACCCUGCAGUGCCUGUCCUACACUCCUCCACUCGGCAACUACAUGCUGGCACAGGAGCACUCCAAAACAUGUGACGACCCGGUGCUCUGCAUGAUGUGCACCAUGCAGGAGCACAUCACUGAGGUUUUUGCCAACUCGGGGAAAGUCAUCGAGCCCCUUGGUGUGCUCAAUGACCUCAGACUAACUGCAGAGGAAUUUUGCCGUGGAAACCAGGAGGAUGCUCAUGAGUUUCUGCGGUACAUAGUGAGUGCCAUGCAAAGCUCCUGCCUACGUGGAACCGAGCUGGACAUGCGAACGCAGGAAACCAGCUUCAUCCACCAGGUCUUUGGUGGCUACCUCAGGUCCAGAGUUGAGUGUUUAAACUGCAAAGCGGUAUCAGACACAUUGGAGCCUUUCAUGGAUGUUGCUCUGGAAAUUCAGACUGUCCCCAGUGUCACCAAGGCUCUGGAGCAGUUUGUCAGGCCAGAACAGCUGGGUGGAGAAAAUGCGUACAAAUGCUCAGAGUGCAAAAAAAUGGUGACAGCCUCCAAGAGGCUCACAAUCCACCACAGCUCCAAUGUGCUGACUGUUGCGCUGAAGCGCUUUGCAGACUUCAGUGGAGGCAAACUCACGAAGGAUGUGAAGUAUCCGGAAUACCUGGACCUGCGGCCCUUCAUGUCCCAGUCCCAGGGCGAGCCUGAAAUAUAUGCCUUGUACGCUGUACUGGUGCACUCUGGCUCCAGCUGUGACAGUGGUCACUAUUUCUGUUACAUUAAGGCCAGCAGCGGGCAGUGGUAUAAGAUGGAUGACUCCUCUGUGGCUGUUAGUGACAUCAGGAGUGUUCUCAGCCAGCAGGCCUACCUCCUCUUCUACAUCAAAUCCACUGACAUGACUGGCAGAGGGGACUGCAGCCGCUCAAGUCCCAACCCUGCUCAGUCCUCCCCUGGACCGCUGCUGGUGCCUUGUGUCAACGAGACGGCCCAGGACACCAGUACUGGCCUCACUGCUCCCCAACUGGCCUCACACAUGACCAAGAGCGCCCUCCAUGGCCCUGCUAAUGGAUCUCUGAAGAGCUCUCCUCCUGCUGCUAAAGCACCAGAAGGUCACCAUAGGCAACCAAGAUCCAAAUACCGAGGUGACCACGAUGGCUCCUACAGAGACCGUUCUCCUCACGACCGCCGCCACAGGGACUGGGAGUUUGAGCCCUGCCAGGAGCGGACUGCUCACCGUCCCAGGGAGCAUGACAGUGACCGGUGCGCUCAUCACUACCACUACCACCACCACCUCAAAAUGAGAGCGUACCGGCACUGUGAGCGGCGGAGGGAGGACUACUCCCACCGUGAGGAGUCUCAUGGCCACUGGAGGGGGCGACGAGAGGACCAAGAGUCCCAGGGCAAGAGCAGCCCGGUUGCAGCUCGCAGCCACGGAGCUGACAACAGCUGCACGGGACGGCAGAGCCGCAAGAGGCGGCGUGAUGAAAUGGAGGACACAGAGCACGACAAUGAUUGCCCUCCCAAGAAACGCCGGCGCAUUGUCUGCUCUGCUGACACCAUUCAUGACCGCCUCGCCUCCUGCCGCACAUCCCUCAUGGAGGCUACAAAUGGUGCAGCUCAGUGCCAUCUGAACAGAUACACAGGAAAUGGAUUCUCCACCAACAGCCUGUGA